AAUUUCUAAAUAUCUUUUGUUAAGUAAAACCAAACCAUAAAUAAUUUUGAUUUCCCUCCCAUUGUUUCAGAAUCGACAAUUAUGGAUUCAUGUGGACUGGAACCCAAUAAUAGAGAGAGUGUAUUUGGACACAAGAAUGAAUUUCUACAAAUCUUAAGGUAUUAUAAAGAUAAUGUUGCGAAGUUGAAUAGUGCAGAACUCAGGAAAGGUUCGGUGUAUGAUGCCAUGUUGGAAGCAGCAAAGCAUGGAAAUGUUGAGUUCAUAAAUGAUAUGAGGGAGGCUAACCAUGAUCUCUUAUGGGCAAUGGACAAUCAUGGAAGAGACAUAUUUUCGUAUGCCAUUCUUCAUCGCAAACACACUGUGUUCCAACUUAUGCAUUAUCUCUGUGGAAAUAAGGAUAUAAUUAACUAUUCAACAGACAAGUUUGGCAAUAACCUAUUGCACUUGGCGGCACACUUAGGACCUUUGUCUGAUCUGAAUCGCAGACCCGGUGCUGCUCUACAAAUGCAAAGAGAAAUUCAAUGGUUUGAGGCGGUGGAGGAGCUUGUGCAUGUCAAAAGCAGAGAAGCCAAAAAUGAUGAUGGUAAGAAGCCUGAAGAGAUAUUUCUUGAAACACACAAGGAGCUGAUGAAAGAAGGAGAAAAAUGGGCAAAGGAAACAGCUGGGACAUUUGCAAUUGUGGGUGGUCUCGUUAUAACUAUCAUGUUCGCUGCAGUCUUCACUGUCCCACCAUCAAGAGACUGGAAUACCGCUUCUGAUAAAGAAAAAACGGUUUACUGUGUUUAUUGUAGCUGAUGUAAUCUCUCUCUUGGCGUCUAUCAUU